CCAGGCGGGCACCUGGAUUCUUCCUCGAUAUAUCCGAAUUCCAAACUCCAGAGGCAGAGCUGUCGAAAUCUUCUUCAUCUGCUGCGGACGAACGCAGCUCUUGCUCUGCCCCGGCCUCACCAAACAAGCGGCCUCGUCAAGUCCGCCGCCGCCGCCGCCGCCGCCAUGGCCUCGCCGGCUAAAGAAGGCAAGAUAACAACAAGUUCCACGAAGUCAGUAGCGGUUGUUGGUGGUGGAGUUAGUGGGCUAGCUGCUGCCUAUAAACUUAAAUCAAAUGGUUUGAGUGUCACCCUCUUUGAAGCUGAAGAAAGAGCUGGAGGCAAAAUCAAAAGCAAUUCAGAGGAUGGUUUUAUAUGGGAUGAAGGGGCAAAUACAAUGACAGAGAGUGAGAAGGAUGUCGGAAGAUUGAUUGAUGACCUAGGUCUGCAAGAGAAGAAACAAUAUCCUAUUUCUCAAAACAAGCGGUAUAUUGUGAGGAAUGGAAUGCCGCAAAUGAUUCCAUCAAAUCCCAUAGCUCUGAUUACGAGUAGCAUUCUGUCUCCACAAUCAAAGUUAAAGAUAUUUCUGGAACCAUUUUUGUGGAAGCACAAUGGCACAAAGAGUUCCUUAAAGGUGUCUGAUGAACGUUCACAGGAUAGCGUGGGGCAGUUCUUUCAACGUCAUUUUGGAACAGAGGUUGUUGAUUAUCUUGUUGAUCCUUUUGUGGCUGGCACCAGUGGUGGGGAUCCGGAAUCACUAUCUAUGCGCCAUGCAUUUCCAGAGUUAUGGAAUCUAGAAAAGAAGUUUGGUUCAGUCUUUAUUGGGGCCAUCCGGUCCAAACUAACAGGUAAAGCCAAAGUUAAGGGGGAAGGAAGAACAUCAGUGGAAAAGACAAAACAUCAGCGUGGUUCAUUUUCUUUUCAUGGUGGAAUGAAGGCACUCACGGACACGCUAUGUAAGGAGCUUGGUGGUGAUAACUUGAAACUAAAUUCAAAGGUGUUGUCAUUAUCUUGUAAUGUCGAUGGAAGCUCUCCAUUUAGUAGCUGGUCACUUUUUUAUGCUGCAAAUGAUGCCAAAACUAAGGCGCUCAGAAAGGAUCAAUCUUUUGAUGCAGUCAUAAUGACAGCUCCCCUUUGUAAUGUUGAGGAGAUGAAAUUCACAAAAAAGGGAAAACCUUUUGUUCUUGACUUUCUUCCAAAGGUAAACUAUCUACCAAUAUCUGUCAUAGUCACCGCCUUUAAGAAGGAAAAUGUCAGAAGACCCCUGGAGGGAUUUGGAGUUUUAGUGCCUUCCAAAGAACAACAGAAUGGCUUGAAAACUCUUGGUACUCUUUUUUCUUCCAUGAUGUUUCCCAAUCGAGCUCCCAAUGAUCAGUAUCUCUACACUACAUUUGUUGGGGGCAGUCGGAAUAGGGAUUUAGCUGGAGCACCACUGGAUGAGCUGAAACAAACAGUGACUUCUGACCUUAGAAAGUUGUUGGGUGUAGAGGGACAGCCAACAUUUGUCAAGCACAUUUACUGGAGAAAUGCUUUUCCCUUGUAUGGUCAUGAUUAUAAUUUAGUCUUAGAAGCUAUAGAAAAGAUGGAGCAAAACCUUCCAGGGUUCUUCUAUGCAGGUAACCAUAGGGAUGGAUUGUCUGUUGGGAAAGCGAUAACAUCAGGAUUCAAAGCAGCUGACCUUGUAAUUUCUUAUCUAAAUUCCUGUAGCAAACAAGAUGCUUGAUGUAACAUAAUGUAAAAACUCUUAACUGCCAAUUCAUUUAAUAAAUCAAAUAACCAGCAGCUUGUUCUUUGUUGUUUCGA